CUGUCGGGUGCUUUGUGAGAGAGACAGGUAAAUCCCUCCCGACAGGUGCGCACUGUGCUGAGUCGCAGCGGCAUAAAACCGGUCCCUUGUUGAACCUCCGCAGACUACAGACCCGAACGCAACGGAGCCCCUCUUUCAAAUCACAAGUUUAGUCUUUUGGAGUCCAAUUAACUAAGUGGGUUUGCCGUCUGUUCAGAUCGGAGCCUCGCACAUCCAAGAUGAAAACAAAGGCGCGCCUGCUCAUUUUAUUUUUGAGUGUUUCUGCUAUUUGUGUUUUUUGGGGAAAAGUCUCACGAUAUGUUUCGCCUGAGAAACAAAGGUCCUGUGCUUGUGACCAAUGUCUGUUUGAAAACGAUACGUUGGCUUUUCAGCGUUUGAGGAAGUUUCCACAACCAUUUUUGUCCAAGAACUCCAAUCUGUCAGAAGAGGAUUUCAACUGGUGGAGAGUCAUACAGAGCGGAGGCGGCACCAUCAGUGAAUACAGGGGAAACGUGUCGAGGGUUUUUCAGCUGAUCCCAGCCAACCCUCCUCUUGAAGAACCCGUCCCUGGCCGCUGCAGGACUUGUGCUGUGGUGGGAAAUUCCCGUAAUUUGUUGAAAUCACACUACGGCCCUUUGAUAGAUUUCCAGGACUACGUCAUAAGAAUUAACAGGGGUAUUUCCAAAGGCUUUGAAGCAGAUGUUGGCAACAGAACGACUCAUCAGGUCAUGUACCUGGAGAGUCGUUCUCAGUUGGAUAACACCACUCGCCCGGUGCUGUUUACGUUUAAGAUGAGGGAUCUUGGAUGGAUUACGAGCGUUCUCAGCCCACAACCUUCUGGAAAAAAAUCCCUCUUCAACAAGGAUUUGGUGAUGGUUGUUAACCCAGCUUUCAUGAGGAAUAUUCAUCACGUGUGGCUGAAGAAGAAAGGAGCUUAUGCCUCCACCGGCUUCAUGGCUUUGGUUCUUGCCCUGCACAUCUGUGACGAGGUCCAUGUGUUUGGUUUUGGAGCAGACAGUGAUGGAAACUGGAGUCAUUACUGGGAAAAAAUCCCCAACAAAAAAGUAAAAACCGGAGGACAUCCUGGAAACGCAGAGUACGAAAUGAUCAUGGCGCUGGCAAAGCAUCAAGUACUCAAGUUUUAUACGGGGUGGUAAAGUGUCUCUCAGCAUUUAACUUAUUCAAGUCUUGACAAUGGAUUCAUUACCAAGCAAGAGAAGACCAAGACGGCCUCAAGAGACAUCUCUUCUCGGAUCGUCUCCCCCUAACGGAACCAAGGGAGAACAAACUAAUCUACACGUGUUGUGAGUCUUUGUGUUGAUGUCGGUGUUUAAACUACACAAACUGCUUCAGAGACAUUGACUCCAAAUGGAUUCGGAUUCAUUGAAGGAUCUAAGAAAGACAUGUUUUUAUCUACGUUUUCUUAUUAAUUGUAUUUUUGUUGUAAUGCACCACAUGAAUGCAGCAGGGAGUUCUGGGGAUUUUACAUACAAUUCACAUUGCUGAUAUGAAGCCACAAUUUUUAAAAGGUCUAAUUACAAUUUAAGUAAAUAUUAACACCGUUUCAGUUUUGAAAGACUGAUGGGUUUCUUCGUGUUACUGACUGUACAUGGGUAUACUAUAUAGAUUAUAUAACUCACUGUAGGAGUGUCUUCCAGUAUGUGACAACCAUAUUCUAACGAGUAAUGUAGACUAAAGGUCAUAGAGGAAAAUGAGCCAUAAUGUAUUGUGAAAUAGAAAGAAACGACUUGGGGAAAUGGUGAAGGAUACUGGACUACAUGACUUCCUUGUUCAUUGUUUGUUCUCAUAUUGUUCUUAACUACAGGUAUCUUUUUUUUGAGUAGUUUUUGAAAACAAGAUUUUUUAAAAAGCCUCAUGAAAUAAAGGGAAAUAAGCCAAGCUUUAAAUUCCAACUAAUUUUUCAGCAAAGUGUGCCAUGCAGCUGCAGGUGUUGGGAGGCAUCAACAGGACAGGGUCAGGUGAGUUCACGGGAGGCUUGCGCUUGUUGACUAAUUGCGUGGCCCUCUGCACAUGAUGUGUGCUGGACUUCUGCCGAAAGAGGGAGUUGCCAACACUGGUUCAAUAAAGAGAGAAUCCUCAGAGGUGACGGUUGUAUCUUUAUUGACGACAAAGUCCGGGCUGUCAGACUUUUAUUGCUUCGUUAUGGCUCAGCAGCCAAUGAAGUUGAGCAAUCAUCAACUGUAACAUUGAGGACGACAAAGUCCGGCUUGUCGGAUCUUUGUUGUAAAGCGGGCAGUGGUUUUGUCAGUCAACACCAAUGAAAACACACACUGCUCAAUUGAAUAUGAAGGCAAAUGGCCUGUAUUCAGACUCCAUUGAACCCCACUUAAUCAACAUUAAGCUCGAAAUAGUUUCUCACUCCCCAUUUGGUGGAUUAUUAGUUCAUAAAAUCCAUCUGCCGCUCUUACUUGUGAAGACGUUUACCACAGCGUCUAAAACUCGUCUUGAUGGGCCUUCGGAUAUCUGCGGCUCUCAAUAACUGAGGGCUGAAAGACGGUUCCGACUUUAUGUUUCCUCAGUU